AAGCAGAAGUCAAUGGCGUGACAGCACAAGACAGAAAGAGGUUGACCCAGGGACACUAAGAAGCACUGAGGUUCUCUGGGCUUGGAUUCCACGGGAAAUGAGCUACGUUAUGAUGGAUCAGGGAUUACCCUCGUCUUGCUAUAAGGAGGAAGCAUCUAAUUAUGAGUUAUCUGUAAGGAUCAUUCAAGCUCAGAAUAUUCAUGGCACAGAUAUAGUUACCAAACCAGACUGCUAUGUAUGUCUCUGGCUUCCAACUAGUUUGCAGGAAAAAAAGAAAACCAAGACCUUAUGGAAUUGUAAAAACCCUGUCUGGAAUGAGACCUUCAACUUUAGAAUCCACAGUCAGAUCAAGAACAUCCUGGAGUUGUCAUUGCAUGAUGCAGACACGGGGACUGAAGAUGACCAUCUUUAUACAGUAUGCUAUGAUUUGGGAAAUGUUACACUUGAUAAUCCAGUCCUGGAGACUUUCCCUUUUAAUAAAGAGAGUGGCGAAGAGCUUCAGGUAGAAUUCACUAUGCUGCCAAUCUCAGAGCCAAAGAAGACAGUAACAACCAAUGGAGUGUUAGUGUGUCCUGAAAUGGCUGCUCUAGAAGUCCAAAUUGAAAAGGCAAAAGUGGAAAAAUGUAAAGAUAAAACAGAGCUAGUGCUGACUGUGAAAGGCUCCUAUGAGGAUUCGCACAGAACUAUGUUCAUUCCAAAUAUCACAACUGGAUCGAGUUCAAAGGAAACGUUUGAGUUUCAUUAUUCCAGAGACUCGGCCGCAGAACUGACAGCUAGUCUGAACAAAGUUUAUCCUGUUGUGGAUGUCACCUUUAGUAAUGAAGAUGACCAUUUGAACCUAACCACAGUGCCACUUAAUGUGAUCUCUCCCGACACCGAAACCAAUGUCCAGUUACCCGCAAUGGAGAACAAGCCACUGGAAAUGCAACUGAAGUUAAACGAAUGCCCGGAGAAACUGGAUGUACGUCUGGGCUUUAAUUUGUGUGAUCAAGAGAAGGCGUUUUUGGUCAAGCGACAAAAGGUUGUAGCUGCAGCAUUAAAGAAAGUUCUUCAGUUGCAGAAUGAUUUGGUGGGGGAAGAGAUUCCUGUUGUGGCUGUCAUGGCAACUGGUGGGGGAGCUCGAGCCAUGUCUUCUCUGUACAGCCACCUGUGUGGCCUGCAGAAGAUGGGUCUCUUGGAUUGUGUCACCUAUAUGGCAGGGGCAUCUGGCUCCACAUGGACAAUGAGCAAGUUAUACGGGGACCCUGAUUGGUCACAGAAGGAGAUGUCUGAAUCAAUAAAUGAUGCAAAGAAAUACAUCACCAAAAAGAAAACAAGCACAUUCUCAGUGGAGAGACUGAAAUAUUAUCGUCAGGAACUACAUCAAACAUCUAAGGAAGGCCAGAAACCCUCCUUUACAGACCUGUGGGGGCUGAUGCUUGAAUCAAUGUUUGAUAAUGGGAGAAAUGAAAGCAAGCUUUCAGAUCAGAAGGCAGCACUGGAAAAUGGCCAGAACCCUCUACCCAUUUACCUAGCCAUAAACGUUAAACAUGGCAACAUUAGUACACUGGAUUUUAAAGAAUGGUGUGAAUUCACCCCUUAUGAAGUGGGACUCACCAAGUACGGUGCUUCCAUCCGCACUGAGGAUUUUGGAAGUGAGUUCUACAUGGGCCGUCUGAUGAAGAGGCAUCCUGAACCUCGGAUCUGCUACCUGCAAGGGUUAUGGGGUAACGUCUUCUCUCUGAACCUGGUGGACACUUGGUAUCUCACCACUCAGCUGGACACCUUUUGGGAACACUGGAUGAAGCACAGAAUUAAGGAUAUUGAUAAUGAAGACAUAAGGAGGAGGAGGGAAGAGGCACACACAAAAACCCACCUAUUCACCCCAUCAAGCACAUUCUCCAGCAUUCUGACGGGGUUACUUACUAACAGACCCAUUGAUGGAGAACAGCAGAACUUCCUAAGAGGAUUUCAUUUGCAUAAGGAUUAUCACCAGCAUUCACAAUUCCGCACAUGGAAAGAUACGCAUUUGGACAUCUUCCCCAAUAAACUCACGCCACUGGCUGACAAUCUAUGCCUGGUGGAUGCUGGUUACUUCAUUAAUGCCAGCUUCCCCCCUUUACUGAAACCAGAAAGGAAGGUGGACAUCAUCCUAUCUUUUGAUUACACUUUAGACACCCCACUUCAGGCACUGGAACAGACCUGUACAUACUGUGAAGCACAAGGCAUUUGUUUCCCAAAAGUUUCACUGAGUGAAGAAGAAAGGAAGAAACAAAAGGAGUGCUAUGUUUUUGUUGAUGAUGAUAAUCCUACAGCUCCCAUAGUGUUACACUUCCCCCUUGUAAAUGACACGUUCAGAAAAUAUAAAGAACCUGGUGUCUUACGAGCUCAAGAGGAGAUGUCGGAAGGCAAUAUAGAUGUGACUAGCUUCUUUUCUCCUUAUUUGUUGACAAACUUUACUUACAGCGAGAGUGACUUUGAUCGUCUAAUGAAAUUUACGCAGUAUAAUCUUCAGAACAGCAGCAACUUAAUCUUAGAUGCCAUGCGCACUGCCGUAGAAAAAAGGAAGAACAGGAAUCUCUUAAACAAGAUGUAUCAAAAUAAGACUCAAACUAAAUCUUAAUUCUUUCCUGCAGAGGUAAUAGACAAUGGUUUUGUCUCAAAGCUGAAAAGCACAUGAUAAUUUUGGCCAAAGACAACUCAACAGGUCACAUGGAAUAAGCAACAAGAAAAUCUCAAGAAUGUCUUGAACAGAUAUCUUACGGUGUCAGCGAUUGAUAUAGGUUAGGUAGAUGAGAGGGCUAUUUUUAUAAACAUAAAGAAACACAGGACGAUAACAGACAACUUGCAGAGACAAGAAAGCAUUUGUACUGUGAAAGUUAGAUUGUAUUUUAAGAGGUGCAAAAUGUCAUCUGUGCACAUGUUCCCAAAAAUUAAUAAAUUGUAAAUUAAUUUCA